AGCGCCUGAGAGAAAGCACAAUCCAAAAUGAAGACGUUGGUGGUGGCCUUGAUUCUUAUGGUGGCUUUGGCUAUUUUUACUGAUGCCUCCCCAAUUCUACCUGAGAAGCAAGCCAAACAGGUCUUAAGAGCCAAGCGAUCGGAUAGAGAAAGAAAAGCUGGACAUCGCGAUGAGCCGAUGAGAGAGUAUAUGCUAUACCUUCAGCGCCUGGAACAAAGAUCCGAGGAGCAGUUCUUUGAACACUGGUGGAACCCUCACUGCCAACCUCACUGCAAUCGUAACAUAGUCAACCCUGUCUAAUUCACUUUGGAAAAGGGCCUUGAUUUGGACCAAGAAGAUAAGAGAUGCAAUAUAUAAAUGAAGACGAAAUCUGCCUCCAUACUUAGAUUACCCUGAAUAGCAUCAACCAGCCAUAUGACUAAACAUUCUAACACUUAACACCAAAUCACAAUUGGACACUGGCGUGGAACUAGCCUAAUAGGAUCUCACUAUACUUUAUGGCUGACUCCUUUGCUGUGACAAUUUAUAAACAGUUUAACUACACCUGGAGCAAACUUAGUAAUUAUUUCACUGACCCCAAACUAUUUGAAGGGUUUCUUUGGAUUUAUACCCCCCCCCCUUGCUUUCUCUCAGUGUAGGAAUAAAUCUUAGUAUAUAACCAAAACUAAAAAUUACUCCAGCCCUUUUUAUUUCUUAUCCCCUGUUCCUAAAGCAGUGCAGUUUGGAACACAGUGCUGAAAGAUCUAUUUGUGCCUGUGUUUGGUAGAAGUGGUAACAUUUACACCCCAGGGUUUUAUAUUAAGUUGUGAUGCCUGAUCAGCUUCCAAUUUUUGCAACAUUUUUUGAUUCUUGAAAAUAGUUGUGCAACUUUUGUUAAGUGUUAUGUUCUUAGUGCCUUGGCUUGAAUUUUCUUGCUGGUAUCUGCUCCUUUCUUUUAUCUAGAAAGCAAAUACAUUUGUGCAUAACAGGUAGAAAAGCUGCAGUAAUAUACAUUAAUACAUACACUUUUACCCAAUUACUAGCAUAUUUCAGUGCAGUAACUCUUAACCAAUCAGCAAUAAGCUUUUAUUUUUCAAAUGAAGUUAGAAUAAUAAAAGUAAAUGCCUCAAUGGUUUCUGCACACAAAUUCACACAUUGAUUCAAAACAAAACACAAAAAUAUAUUUUUAUCUAAAAAAAAAAAAAGUCCAUGUCCAGGUGCAAAGGAAAAAAAAGAUCCAUUCAGUAAUAUAAUAAGGAUAUAUCUAAUUUCCCAUUAGAGUUUGUCCCUUGCCUAACAAGCUAUUCAAUCUUACAUAUAAAUAUAUAUAUCUUUUUAUAUAUCAUAUAUAUAUCUAUAUUAAAUAUUUCUAAUACUGAGUUAUUAAAAUAAAUGCUAUCAUUUGAAUGUUUGCUCUUUUGCCAUGUGUAAAAUAUGAAAAUAAAAAACAGCAGAUUG